UUUCCUUCAGUCGACCAUAAGUAUAAGACAUACCAAAACCGCAACUGACGUAAUUUUAAUUGAGUACAGGAGGACUUUAUAUUCGGUGUUAUUAUUACGUGUGUGAAAAAUACGUUUGUAAAGAAUACGUUUCCGAAAAGUUAUGUCCUCAAGUUUUUUCUUAGUGGUCGUAAAUUUGAAAAUAUGACUAUAACUUUUGCCAAGGAUGACGCCAGCAGCUGUUCAGAUGAUUCUGGUAGCGAUGUGUUUAAAAGCAUUCCCAAAAAUACAAUUGCCUUUUGCACCUGGAAAAUAGAGGGGCUACGAGCUAUCUCUGUUCGAAAAGGAAAAUUUGGUAUCUUCCUUUCUGAAUCAGCGUACAUUAUUUACACAGUUUCUUCCAAAGAUGGCCCACUGCCUUAUCCAGGAGUACCAGAAAAAGAGGUGAAAGAGAGCACAGUAGUACGAGCUGUUCAUUUUUGGAUCGGAUCGAAAUGCGAUUCAAUGAUGUCAAGUGCAGCAGCACUUCGGGCUGCAGAACUGGAUUCUCAAAUAUCAGCAACGAUACUAUCAAGGGAGGCCCAGGGUCGCGAAAGUCCCCGAUUUCUUGCUUAUUUUCGAGAUCAAAUCGUCAUAGAAAAUCUGCACGCUGAACAACCGUCCUGCACUUUGCAUAAAGUCACUGGCUUAACGGUACCAAUCCUCACCGAACUGGAUGGUCUUAGCUGGAGCAACUUUACAUCACGUGAUGUUAUUCUAAUCGAUUUGCAUUCUAGAAAUAUUGUCUUCCUCUGGCUUGGUUCGAAAGCAGAAAUCCUUCACAAAAGACACGCCGCCACAGUUCUGAAAAGAAGAAAAGAAAACAAGGCCCAAGUUUUCAUAAUCGAGGAUGGCUACGAGAGAACGUUGCCAGGAGAGAUAAGCAAGCUUCUCAACGAUGUAUUGAACUUGGCAAACAGAAACGUAGUUCCUGAAAAUCGGGAACCUGUUCCUCUACCAAGUCCAGUAAAAUUAUACAGAUGCAGUGAACAAACAGGAAAAUACAAAGUAGCAGAGCUGAAGGCGGGGCCCAUAUUUCGCCGUGAUUUCUCAUCUGACUCAGUUUUCCUAAUCGACAGAGGUGAAAUUGGCAUCUGGGCUUGGGUGGGGAAAAAUGUAAAUGCAAGGGAAAAACUGGAGGCAGUCAGAAAUGCAAGGGGAUUUGUUAAAAAGAAGGAUUAUAGUGCUAGUGUGCCCGUUUCGAGAGCGAUUGAAUCUCAGGAACCUUUGGAAAUGAAGAACCUUGUCAGAGGCUGGGGUCAAGUUAAAGCCAGGCCUCUUACUCUGCCUUCUUCUUUUGAACCAGAAUACAUGAGCGAAAGGCCCAGGAUGGCGGCGGAAUGUCAACUUGUUGAUGAUGGGUCUGGAGAAAAAACCCUCUGGAGAGUUAAUCAGCAGCAGGGCCUCAUUGAAGUAGACGAUAUAGGAAUCUUUUAUGCUGAAACGUGCUAUAUAAUGCGCUACAAAUACGGACAUGGCCGCAGAAGUAGAGUAAUUGUAUAUUGUUGGGAAGGUGCUCAUUCUUCGUGUGGAGAUAGAGAAAUAGCUUUAGAAUCUGCUUGUCGAAUUGCUGAAGAAGCUUCUGCCCAAUUUUUAAAGGCUUCUCAAGGCAACGAACCACCUCACUUGUUACAAAUCUAUAAGGGAAAACUAACGAUACUUGCAGGAGCGCAUAAAAAUACUCCACCAAGUAAAUACCUAGUCAGAGUUUUUGGAUCGACUCCCUACACUUCCAAAGCAGUUGAACGGUCCCUAAAAGCAAGUAGUUUGGAUUCGAGUGGGGUUUUCGUUUUAUUUUCGAGCACGCCAGUGGUCUGGUGUGGCAGUAGAAGUACCGGGGAUGCAAGAGAAGCUUCCAGAAGAUUGGCACCUCCUAUCGCUCCUCUUAUUCCCGAAGGAAAAGAAGAUAACGACUUCUGGUCACAAAUGGGAGGUCGAGGAGAUUACGGGACAGAAUUCGUUGACGACGAAGAAGAGAAAGAAAAGCGCCUUUAUCACUGUCGCGUUGAACAAGAAUUCUUCAUUGGACAAGAAAUUCUAGGAUUCACUCAAAGUUCCCUUCUUCCAGAAGCGAUUUGCUUACUAGACGCAGGAAGCGUGAUUUGGAUUUGGGUGGGGAAAUUCUCGGCGGUUAAAUCCUUGAAAGAUUGCGUCGACAAAGGAAAAAUAUUUCUAUACACACAUCCUGCUGGUCGAGAUCGAAACACUGCUAUUUCAAUAAUUAAACAAGGUCUGGAACCACCGACAUUUAUAGGACUCUUUGAGAAUUGGAACCACAACCACUUACGUGAAUAUCAGUCUUUUGAAGAACUGCGCUCUUCUUUAGAAGACAAAGAACCAACGAUAACUCCAAUAUCAAACAAACUUAUCACCGAAUUUGAUAGUUUCGUGAAAUAUCCCCUCAAAAUCUUAAAAGGUGACCCAGAAAACCUUCCUAAUGACGUCGACGUUUCAAAGAAAGAAAUGCAUUUGACUUUCGAUGAUUUUAUGGGAGUUUUCAAGAUUGAACCAGCUGAAUUUGAAAAACUUCCCGCCUGGAGAAGACAGAGACUUAAGCAAACAGCUGGUCUCUUUUGAAUUAAAAUUUUUUUAAAUUCGACUAUUGUAGGAGCUUCAGAGAUUUUAUUAAAAAAAAGAGCUAU